ACUUUAUUUUCUAGUUUUACUUGGUAACUGUUGGCCAAAUAGUAAGGAUACCAUCCACAAGUUUUAGUCGGUAUUUUUGUAGAAAUGUCAAGCAUGCAUCGCUAAUCGAUACACACACACACAGCGCGUUCUUAAGCGUUUCGCGGCAAUCGGUCACACCGAGGGCAGUCUUUCCCUUCGUAUAUCGUGUCGUCGUCUCUUUUGUGAACAAAAAAUACGAAGAAAAUCGCCCAAAUCGAGUUGAUUCGAUUGGCAAUUGUGUGGAGAUAAACGAGUGAAUACGCGGUUGGCAAUCGAACGCAACAGUAGUUGCUAAUUUUCCUGCACCCCUGAGUUAUAAUAAAAGCCGUCAAAAUUGAAUCGACAAAGAUUGACGAGACUUUUUCUUCCACCACAACUGCGAUGGAGGAUAAAGCAACAACAAAAGAUCUUGAUCAAUGGAUUGAGCAGUUGAACGAAUGCAAUCAGUUGACAGAGACACAAGUUCGCACCCUCUGCGACAAGGCCAAGGAGAUUCUCUCCAAGGAGUCCAAUGUGCAGGAGGUAAAAUGCCCGGUGACAGUGUGCGGAGAUGUCCACGGUCAGUUUCACGACCUCAUGGAGCUCUUCCGGAUAGGCGGCAAGUCUCCGGACACCAACUACCUGUUCAUGGGCGACUACGUGGACCGUGGAUACUACUCCGUGGAGACCGUGACCCUUCUGGUGGCCCUGAAGGUUCGCUAUCGCGAGCGCAUCACCAUCCUGCGCGGUAACCACGAGUCGCGCCAGAUCACACAGGUGUACGGCUUCUACGACGAGUGCCUGCGCAAGUAUGGCAAUGCCAACGUUUGGAAGUACUUCACGGAUCUGUUCGACUACUUGCCACUGACGGCACUCGUCGACGGGCAGAUCUUCUGCCUGCACGGAGGCCUCAGUCCCUCGAUCGACAGUCUGGAUCACAUUCGGGCCCUCGAUCGCUUGCAGGAGGUUCCGCACGAGGGUCCCAUGUGCGAUCUGCUCUGGUCCGAUCCCGAUGACAGGGGUGGCUGGGGAAUCUCGCCUCGUGGCGCCGGUUACACCUUUGGCCAGGAUAUUUCGGAAACCUUUAACAACACAAACGGCCUGACACUGGUGUCGCGCGCCCAUCAGCUGGUGAUGGAGGGCUACAACUGGUGUCACGAUCGCAAUGUGGUCACAAUAUUCUCAGCGCCAAACUAUUGCUACCGCUGUGGCAACCAAGCGGCUCUUAUGGAACUGGAUGAUUCACUUAAAUUUUCAUUCCUACAAUUUGAUCCAGCACCCAGGCGCGGGGAGCCUCAUGUUACGCGAAGAACACCCGAUUAUUUCCUUUAAGCUGGAUUGCUCGCACCUACGCAGCUUACAUUUACACAUAUUACAUCGCAUUAUAACAACAAGAAGAACCGAAACAAUAUAUAAUAUAUACAAAUCCAACCAGCAGCAACAAAAUAAACAAAAUGGCAAGUGCUGUCGAAAAAAAAACUACCAUAAAAAACAACCCAAAACUAAAAACCUCGAUGCAUUUGUUUUGUGGAGGUCGUUUUAAACAGAGAGCAGUGGAAGAGAUAUUGUAUAAACAAAGAAAAAAAAAGUAACCAUAACAGUCGAGAACACAAAAAUGCAUUGAACAGUUAUUGUUGUUGGCCACAGUUUAAAAGAAAAGGAAAAAACCGGAAAUGUCGCCAGCGGGGGCGGCAGGCAGAAAAUUUAUAUCAAAGAUAAAGGGGAGGAGCAGAAGGAGAAGCAGUAUACAGAAAUGAUACAAUCCAAUCGAACCUACCAACCAACCCAGAAACCAAGCAACAAAACCGCAAGCAACAAGAAGAACUACAACUACUUAGCUAAAUUUGUUAAUUUAUAAAAAUAACGAACUAAGCGUCGCAGCAGAAAGCCAGGGAGCAGGAGUGAUGGAUGGAUGGACUCAUGGAUUAUGACGUGAUGUGUGUGUGGGCGGAAGGGGCUGACAAAGGACUAAACGGGACGAAAGGACGAACGCCAGGACGUAGCAGCAUAAGCAAGCAGCAGCGGUAGCAGCAGCAGAAGCAGAAGCAGACGACCCACGACCGACAAAGCAGGAAGAUAACGAUGAAGCAGCAGCAAAAAAGUAGGAGCAGUAUGUGGCAGGAGCAGCAGCGAACGCCAUUGCGAUGGGGGAAGCGCGGGGCGGGCCAGCGAUUUAUAUAAAAACAAAAAUUAUAAAAAAGAAAAUAAGGAAAUACAACAAAUUUAAUAUUACUGAUUAAAAUUAAAUAAAAAAAAGCGAAUAAAACUAUUAAAAAACAAACAAAAAAGCAAAGAAAAAUGAUUAAAAAAAAUUCAUUAUCAAUUAAGUUCAUAUGUAACUUUAAUAAUAAUAAAAGAAAGAAAAAAAAAACAAACAAACAAUUCCCACCUGCCGACGAAGAGAGCCAUCGAAGAGCGCGCGUUCAAGGGAGAAAGUCCUUUAAGAGAGACCCAUGCGAACGAUUUUGGUUUUUCGUUCUGGCAAUGACGCUCCCUUUUGGCCUGCGGGCUCCUUUGGUAGUGUGUAUGCGAACAUGGCCAAGUUAACACGAGGCCACCACGACGAGCGGAAGUCGAGCCUCAAACGGGCCACCUAAUUGAGACCACAAAGGAGGCGAUAUGGGUGUGGGGGAGGUGAUAUAUGGAUGGAUGGCAGAGGGCAGAUAGAAGGGACGGAGGUCGUGGUGCCAGCCAACCAAUGAUGCCCAAGUCAAAAUCUAAAUCAGAGCCGGGCUGCCUUUGAUUCCCAGCGAAAGCGAAAGCAAAAAUCUUGCCAACUUUGUAUAAAUUUUUGCAUAUUUUAGCAGCCGCCCACACGAACUGUCAAAAGUCAUGUACAGUGGUCGCUCUCUAUUGUUUCUGUUUACAAAGUAUUUUGGAAACUAUUUCGAUUGGAUUUGAUGUUCCUGAUAAUUUAGUUGGUUAUUUAACUUUAGCAUACGAAUGAAAAGUAUAUUAAGAGCAAGAAAGUAAACGAUAUAUAAAUAAUAAACAUUUGGCAAUAGUAGAAACCCUAGAAUAUAUGGAUUAUUCUGAGAUAAGCAGUUCGUGCACCGCCAGUUGGCACUGUAUCCACAUGAGUUUUGGUCUGGAUGAAAAUCU